AUGUACGAAUUCCUCAAUUCUUCUCCUUCCCCUCAACCCUUGUCCCCACAUUUGACCUUCAAACAAUCCUCAUCAUGCGUGACUAUCAACUCCUACACGUUUCUUGAUACGCAAGAGGAGGCGAGAGACAAGGACGCAGCAUCCGCGGCCAGCACACCUUCUCGCGCCCUCCAACUCCUCCGUCAAGAAUUGAACUCGUCUCGCGCUCCCACUCCCAAGAACAAGGGUAUUGACAGAAGUCCUUCUCCAUCUAGUAAUGCCCGUACACGGGGCCAAUUCAAACCCCAGCGCGCCAACAAGGGAACCACAAGCUAUCAGCUGAGACAGUUUGCCGAGGCGACGCUUGGGAGCGGCAGUUUGAGGAAGGCCGUCAAAUUGCCCGAGGGUGAGGAUCUGAACGAGUGGCUCGCUGUCAAUGUCGUCGACUUCUACAACCAGAUCAACCUUCUCUACGGCUCGAUUACAGAGUUCUGCUCGCCACAAUCGUGUCCCGAGAUGAAAGCCACGGAUGAGUUCGAGUACCUCUGGCAAGACCCUGCCUCUGGCUACACAAAACCCACCAAGAUGCCCGCACCGGAAUACAUCGAGCACCUCAUGACCUGGGUGCAGUCCAACAUCGACAACGAAGCCACCUUCCCGUCCCGCAUCGGCGUGCCCUUCCCGAAGCAUUUCCCUUCCACCGUGCGUCAGCUCUUCAAGCGCUUGUACAGAGUCUACGCGCACAUCUACUGCCAUCAUUACCAGGUGAUCGUGCACUUGGGACUGGAGCCUCAUCUCAAUACCAGUUUCAAGCACUUUGUGCUGUUCGUUGAUGAGCACGGGUUAGAGAAAGGCGGCGGCAAGGAUUAUUGGGGUCCGUUGGGCGAUCUGGUCGAGAGUAUGUUGAAGAGUGAUUGA